AACUCUCAAACUGUCUAACAUUUUUAUGAGUACAUCUCUUAGAUUCUGUUACUUUGUACAAUACCAUCACAAUCAAUAAAAAACACAAGAUAUAAAUGUGAAUUAAUUAUGUUAAUUAAGUCAAUAAUCAUAUCUUACUUUAAGAUUUCAUUAUGUAACAUUUCUUCUUUUGCUCAGUGUCUUUCAAUAAAUAUUUAAUAUUCAAGUCAUUAUAAAAAAAAGCAGUAUAUGGUAUGGUAAAUUGUAAAUAGUAGUAUUAGUGUAAAUAUUAAGUUUAUUUAAUGAGGUAAUAUUCCUUACUUAAAAAAAAACAUUAUAGAAGAAUAUUUUUGGACUUUGUUACUUAUACCAGUAACAGAAGAUUUUGUAAUAAAAACUGAAAGUUUUCCGUUAUGUGACUCAGCACUUUUUGAUAUCUAAUUCUUACACCAUAUUUCUAACUCCACUGAAUAAUAAAUGUUCCUUUUUAAUUUUAUUUUCUAAUUGGCCAUGGUAUUCAAUAUAUAUGAGAUCAAAUGAUAAAGACAAAUUUUUGAAAUAUUUUAUUAAAUGUAUAAAAUGUAACAUGAAAACAGUUCCAUUUGCAAUACUCAAUUUGUGUUUUUCUAAUUUUUAUUUUAAGUGAAUAUUUUUUUUUAAUUAAAUGGAUUAAAUAAUGUGGAAUAAUCAGUAAUUAAAUUGUAAAGAUGUAUGUAAAUAUCUGCUAUGAAAUUCAGAAGAUAUUUAUUUUGGGCAAUGAAGGUAUCAAUAAUUGCAUACCUUUUCAUAUUUGUGGUUUUGCCCAUUAUAUUUCACUAUUCCUACACCUUUCAAAGAAAAAUACUUUUCUUAAACUUUGUACAAUGGCCUCUUAAUGUGGAUUUGACAAAACCAGAGUCAGUUGGGUUGAAAGGUGCAAGAAAUUUUUACUUGAAAACUCAUCAAGACAUAAAAAUAGGAGUAUGGCAAAUUUUACCUCAGUCAUUAUUAAACGAUUCUGCUAUUAUAAAUGACGAUGAUUAUGACUCUGUUUUAAGUAAUGCUAAACAACCUGUUUUUCUUUAUAUGCAUGGGAAUAGUGGUAAUAGAGCAAGUAGGCAUCGAUUAGAACUUUAUAAACUGUUUCAGACUUUAGAUUACCAUGUUAUAUGCUUUGACUACAGAGACUAUGGUGAUAGUGAAGAAGCAGAACUUUCUGAAAUGGGUGUAGUUACAGAUAGUAAAUAUCUGCUUGAAUGGUUGCUAAAGAAAGUAAAUGGUUCUGCUCCAGUUUUUGUAUGGGGCCAUUCUUUAGGCACUGGUGUGUCAACUCAUGUGUUAGCAUUAUUGGCAGCAGAAAAUGUUCAGCCUGCAGGUUUGUUCUUAGAAUCACCAUUUAACAAUAUUGCAGAAGAAUUAAGCGAACAUCCUUUAGCACAGAUUUUUAAGCAUUUACCAUGGUUUCACUGGGUGAUUGUUGAACCAUUUUACAACAAUCAUCUUCGUUUCGAAUCAGAUAAACAUAUACAAAACGUUAAGUGUCCUGUUAUGAUACUCCAUGCCGAAGACGAUAAUGUAGUACCAUUUUCCUUGGGUGAAAAGUUAUACAAAGCAGCUAUAAAUUAUCACGGAAAUAAUACGGAUCGUAUUCAGUUUACGCGUAUAAAUUCGUCUUAUGGCCUUGGCCAUAAAUAUAUAUGUCAUUAUAAGGAAUUACCUAAUAUAAUUAAAUUAUUUGUAGAAAAGACACAUCAAAAUCAGACUGAUUAAAUUAUUUAGUAGACAUUGACUAACAUGACAAGUUUUUUACAACACGUAUCUGUAGAACAAAAAUACGAAUGAUGUCAUGAGAUGUUGAAAAAGAAUUAAUGAGCAAACCUUGUGAUGGUCAUGAUCUUUUUGUUCAACGUUGUUUCGUCGACAUAUUCAAGUCACACAUUCAUAUCGUUUAAUUAAGUAUUGUUUUUAAAAUUAUAUAGUGUGUAAUACUUCAAUUUGAUUGAAUAUAAAAUAUUCGAACAGGCAACUACUCAAGAUUAAUUGAUCUUAAGUUAUGUGUUGUAACUUUAAUGCGUUCACCAUCGUUAUAAUAAUUUUAAUUUUACUAAAUUAAACAAAUAUAAUGGUUUGUAUCUAUUAUUUAUAGGAGCAUGUUAUAAUGCCGAAGAUAAUGUUGUGAUAGCUAUUUUAAGGCCAUCAACAGUAUUUAUUAUUUUAUAUCUGUCAAUUAUUGUAACCCACUUACAAUCAAUGAAUACUCAGCAUUACUAUUACCUUGCAUUUCGUAAGAUAAUGGUAAUUAAUGUUGUCGUUUGUAAAUUGUGUGUGUAAUGUAAUUAUCUGUGAAGUGCAUUAAACUACUUAUGUGUCAAUGUAUUCCAUGUUCAUUGCAUAAAUGAAAUAAAGAAGAAUUGAAAAGUGUUAAAA